CUAGGACGAUACAUGUCAGCACCAGCACGACGUAGAUAGCAAACAGAGUAAGGAAAUCCAUGUCUCAACCCUGGCAGCUGCACAGAGACAAAACAACAGGUGUUUACGGCACAAACUCGCCACGAACAGUGCUCCACACAAUGCAACAAGGCAUCACAAGACACCUGUUGGAUCUGGUUGCGGACAUGGCCCAACACUCAUAUUACAGCUCACAGCACUGGAGAGGGGAGCGUUACUCAGGAGCUGUGCAUGCACAUCUAUGGAUGCUGUUUAAAAAGUCCUCAGCAUGCCGUCAACCAACCAGGGCUGGCCUGAGGAUUUCGGCUUCCAGCUCGGUGGGAAUGGACCCAGCUACAUCCUGUCUGUGGAGGAAGGCAGCAGCGCCCACCUGGCCGGGUUGCAGGCAGGGGACCAGGUCCUGGAGAUCGAGGGUCACAACGUGUCGACGCUGGGUCCGCAAGCCGUCAUCGCCAUCGCCCAGACUCAGAAGAACAUCCCUCCCAGUAUCGGAGUGGUGUCCCGCAUACAGCAGAUGGACAUCAUACCAGGUCCAGAUGGUCGUUUUGGGUUCACCAUCGUAGGAGACUGCCCCCUGCUGGUGGAGGACUGCUCGCCUUGCUCUCCAGCCGGCCGUGCAGGUCUGAGGGCCGGGGAUUACGUCAUGGAGGUCAACGGCAUCCCCGUCAGACAGCACGAGACAGCCGCGGCGCUGAUCAAGGCCUCUCAGGGGAGAACGCUCCGUCUGGGGGUGCUGUGCCUCGGCCCAAGGCAGAAACACAGCAUCAGCAUAGAGGACAGUCAAAUGGGAGGAGAGGGGGCGAGACUGGACCGUAAACAUAAAGCUCUGGAGUUCAACAGGAAGGUUGACCAGAUUUUAGGUGAUGAACCCGAAGUGAAAGAGAAACUCUUCGCUGUGCUGAAGCAGUACGCAGCAGAGAAGAGAGUCGAGUGGUUGGCCUCCGUCCUGCCAGAGAUACUCACCACUGAUGAGCAUCGACAGCUCAUCUCCAGCAUCAGAAUCUUCAUCCCGAAGAAGCACCGGCAGCGCUUUGACGAGGCCGUCUCCCAGAACGUGAUCAACCGACUGUGCCGCAGCAAGAGCAUCAGCGAGCCGCAGGGCAGGAUCCGGCGCAGUCGGAGCGAGGACCACUCCGAUCGCCACCACGGCUCCAAACGGGCCAGCUCGGUGCCCAGGGAUGGAGGAGAACCCGGAGGGAGGGGUGAGGCGGAGAGGGACAGGGGCUUAAGGAAGUCCGUCUCUGGGAUACCCCCACAUCCCCCCAUUGGACCCAAUCAGAGGAUCGUUCGUGUCUACAGGGGGAAGAAGAACUUUGGCUUCACGUUGCGAGGUCAUGCUCCCGUCUGCAUCGACUCCGUAAUCCCAGAUAGUCCUGCUGAGGAAUGUGGACUGAAACCAGGCGACCGUAUCCUCUUCCUCAAUGGACUGGAUAUGAGGAACUGUUCCCAUGAGAAGGUGGUGUCCAUGCUGCAGGGCAGUGGGGCCAUGCCCACUCUGGUGGUGGAGGAGGGUCCGGCUGACUACUCCUCAGACCAGACCGACCCAGAGGAGUCUCCUAGCCUGGCCCCCACCACAUUACCACGCUCUAGGUCUCCAGCCCUCAGCUCUUUGCAGUGGGUGGCAGAGAUUCUUCCACCAAGCAUCAAAGUCCAUGGACGGACCUUCAGCCAGCAGCUGGAACACCUGCUGACCAUCCAGGAGAGAUACACAGUCUGCAAAGCCCUGGAGACCUUCUUCCAGCACAGGAAUGUGGACACACUUAUAGUAGACGUGUUUCCAGUGUUGGACACUCCAGCCAAACAGCUGAUCUGGCAGUUCAUCUACCAGCUACUGACCUACGAUGAACAGGAGCGCUGCCAGGGCAAACUGUCACGCUUCCUGGGUUUCAAGAGCAGUGCGGUGUUAGAGCCUGACGUCGGUCCGGAGCACCACCGGCGGAGCAGCUCCAUGCGCGUGACGGGGACGUCGUACCGCGGCAUCGUCCGAGAGAGGAGCUCUGACGACUGCAUCAUCGGGACUCACCUGGGAAUGGGAAUUCAUGUCGAUGAAUCUGGGAGCCCGGAGGAGAGGCAGUCAGGAGAUGGAACCUCCUUCCCCGAGUCCCCUGACCUCAGUCAUAUGACAGGUGUGUACACGGAGCUGGAGAACGUGUACGCAGGGAAGAGUGUGUCUCCACUGCAGGGUGGCUCCUCAGCAGAGCCCGAGAGGCCGGGACAGACUGAGGCCUUCGGGCGCUCUCUCUCCCCCCUCACUCUCCCCCCUCUCACAGGUAACCGUAAAUCCGGCCUGUCCCUGUCCUGGAAGGAGCCUCUCCCCACUCCCGUGUAUGAGAUCCACCACCAGAGCAGCGUGGACUCCAACCCUUACGUCAGCCUGGAGAGCCCCCCCGCCUCCCCGCAGCACUCGGACAGCGGGCCUAACACACUGAACCGUCGCAAGAAGCUGUUCACCUUCUCCCGCCCGCCCCGCAGCCGGGACACCGACAAGUUCCUGGACGCUCUGAGCGAGCAGCUCGGCCACCGGGUCACUCUGGUGGAUGACUUCGUACCCGGGGAGAACGACUAUGAGGAGAUGAGUUUCCAGGAGGACCAGGAGCUGGGCUUCAUUCCCCGGCAGCUCAGCAGCGGCAGCAGUGAGGAUCACAGUAGCAGCGAUGAGGCCUCCUCUCCCUCCUACUCCUCUGAGUCUGAACCAAUCCCACCUCCUCCCACCCAGAGCCCUCCUCCUCCCCCGCCCUUCCAGUCACUGAUACCCCCUCCUGUCCAGUUUACUGACCCACUCCCGCCCGUCCGUUUCUCCCCCGAGCACAUCCCCCGCAGCCGGAUGCCCUUCCAGCCGCACCACCCCAUCAUCCCUCCGCCUCCACCCCCUCCGAGGACCCUCCUGUCCAGCCGCUCUCCUCUACACAAAGUGCUCCCCACCAGAGAGGAGGCAGAGAAAACUCACCAGCGCUUCCAGACCACCUCCAGCCGCCUCUCGCACGGCCAGACCACCACCCUGGGCCCCUCCACCCUGCGCUCCUCCCAGCCGUCCCGCCCCAGCUACCUCCCACGCCAGCUCAGCCAGCCCCAGCCCAUCCGCCAGGUGUCCCCGCAGCCCUCCCCUCAGGUGCUGAGACCGAGCCAGCUCGUCCUCCAGAGGCACCACCAGCUCCACCACCAACACAGCUACCAGGGCCCGCUGCCGCCGUCCCUCCAGGAUCACAGCCCCUCCCAGUGUAAGAGCCAAGGCCCCCCGGGCUCCUCGCUGCUCUCCCAGCCUCCAGCGACUCACUCCACCCUCCCCAGUCACACAAAGACUUAUGAAACCACACGACAGGACCACCAGUCACAGCAGGCUCCACCACCUCCGCCUCCACCCCUGCCCCCACCCUGCGAUCCACCUCCGCUGCCCAAACCAGGCCAGCACGCCUCAGACACCAACCACAUGAGUGUGAAGAGGCUGCGAUGGGAGCAGGUGGAGAACUCUGAGGGAACCAUUUGGGGUCAGCUCGGAGAGGAUUCAGACUAUGACAAGCUCACUGACAUGGUGAAGUACUUGGACCUUGAUCUGCACUUUGGGACCCAGCGCAGAUCCAUCUCUCCUCCAGAGCCAGCUUUUCUUCCUGAGAACUUUAAAAAGAAAGACGUGGUGGAGAUUCUGUCUCAUAAGAAAGCCUACAACGCCUCCAUCCUCAUCGCCCAUCUGAAGCUCUCCCCCGCCGAGCUGCGUCAGGUCCUGAUGAACAUGACCACCAACAGGCUGGAGCCAGCUCACAUCAAGCAGCUGCUGCUCUACGCCCCCGACGAUGACGAGGUCAAACAGUACGAGCAGUUUGACCAGGACCCGGCCAAACUGAGCGAGCCCGACCAGUUCAUUUUCCAGAUGCUGAUGGUGCCUGAGUAUAAGACUCGUCUGCGGAGCCUCCACUUCAAGACGACGCUGCAGGAGAGGACGGAGGAGAUGAAGAUUGCGUACGAUUACAUCUACAAAGCUUCAGUGGAGCUGAAGAGCAGCAAGAAACUGGCCAAAAUCCUGGAGUUUGUUCUUGCCAUGGGUAAUUACCUGAACAAUGGGCAGCCAAAGAGCAACAGGACAACCAGUUUUAAGAUCAACUUUCUAACUGAGCUAAGCACAACCAAAACAGUAGACGGGAAAUCCACCUUUCUCCACAUUCUGGCCAAGUCUCUGUGCCAACACUUCCCUGAGCUGCUCAACUUUUCCAGAGACCUUACAACAGUGCCUCUGGCAGCCAAGGUGAACCAGAGGGCCAUCACAGCAGAGCUGAGCGACCUUCACACCACCAUCCAGGACAUCAGGACGGCCUGUCUGAAGAUCCCACCCACCUCUGAGGACCACUUUGCUUCUGUCAUGAGCAGUUUUCUGGAGAACAGCCACCCUGCGGUCCAGUCCCUGGAGUCUCUGCAAACCCGAGCGAUGGAAGAAUUUUCCAAGGUGGCCUCCUACUUCGGAGAGGACAGCAAGUCCACCAGCACAGAGGCCUUCUUCGGCAUCUUUGCAGAGUUCAUGUCCAAGUUUGAGAGGGCUCUCAGUGAGACCCAGACUCCAGAAAACCCCAGAAGCCCCAGACUGUCUUCCCCUCUGGCCUGGUAGAAGCAAGAAAUGCAGGCAGAUGUCGGGCCAAACCGUCAAGGCCGGACGGCUCCAUUUCCACUCUGCUCUCCACAACCAAAGUGCCAAGAUCACACACAGAGACACUCAAACCAAUGGGAACAGAGACCACGUCAUCUAUAGCAAAAGGAAAGGGACAAAAAAAGGAAAUAUACUGUACCUAUCUGUAGAUAAUUAUAUCGAGUGCCCCGUGUGCAGCAGUGCUGUUGUUUCAGGUGCUGGGCAGAGCAGGAACAUUCAGGUGUCCACAGGUCAACAGGAACUCUCCACACAAUGAAGACUCAACUAGUCUUUGCAUUACCUACAUCUCUUUUUAAUACACAUUACAUAUUAGAUUCAUUUCAGAAACCACCCAUGUACAUUUGAUUGCUUCACCUCAUCUGCAUUAAAAUGAGAUGUAAGCAAUGGAAACAACUGGUCCUGGAUAUUUACAGAUUACUUGCUAUGUUUAUUAUAUGACUAUACAAAGUUUAUAUUUUCUAUCAGAUCAUAUUUGAAAAUUGUAAAAAAAAUAAAUAAGCGUAGAUGUAGACUGAGACAGUUAACUGGAAUCAAAAUGAUUCACAAGUGUAGUGUGUUGAGCGUGUACAGAGCCACGUUGGACGGCUCAGUGUUUGAUCAGACAGUUCGUACAGUGGUGCAUUCACUGCCUCCCAUACAGCAGGAUUUAAUUUAAAGAUUUAAAAAUAGUACAUAUUGGAGUUUUGAUAACAGAUGUGGUCAUUUUCAUCUAAUUUACUGUGACUUUAAAGGGCAUCUUUCGCAAGAAUGUUAAUUUUCUUCCUCAUUCACCCCCCGAGCUCUUCUUCACUUUUGUCCUUGCUGAUGAAGAUCACGACCAUUUCUAUGGAGGCAAAACAAGGCCAUAAAGAUUAACCACUACUGAAUUCUUAAUGCUGAAAUUGAAAUUAAAUCAAUCAAAUUCAACUGUUAUAUAAAUAUGAGGAACUAGAAACCUGAAUCUGAAUUUGUCAACCUCGAAAAGAAAAAGUUUAAAAACUGCAAAAAUCUUUAAUUUUCAAGAGGAGGAGAGAGUUCAAACUAAAUUAAUUAUCUUUUGAUUGUAAUAUUUCAAUUAUUCAAAAUUCUGUGGUAUUUAAACUUAAUAUGUAUUCAGUAGUGAUUACAUUUCACAUGUUAAGCUGCUUCUUAAAUGAUUUUGGCCUUGCUUGGCUUCCAUAAUUAUCAGCACAGUGUGCUUUUAAGUGACAAUGAGCCAGGUCUACAGCAAAAAAAUAACAUUAGCCACCUAGCUGCUAGUAAAUGAGGGGGUGGUUGUAGUUAACUUUUGCUUUACACAUGAUCAAGGAUGUUUAUUGACGACAUUACAUUUUUGCUUGACUGGCUAAAACAUUUUUAAACCACAUCCCAUCAUCCAGUUGGACUUAGUCCUGAUCUGAAAUCCAUCCAAUCAGGUCAGUUUUCAGCAAACAAACUGUGAAGCUUUUAAACAGUUGGAGCUCUUUGCUAUCAGCCAUUCAGCAUCAGUAUUACGAUUGUUCUUCCUUAAUCAGACCCAGAUCGUUCAGUAAACACCCUCAUUUAUUUUAAAAACCAUCAUUCACAACACUUGAAUGAUAUUGCACCUUUUAUAGUGAGGUAACACUGACUACAUCAGCACAUGGUGAAAUCUGGCUCAUAAAUCAUCUGUUUGAUAGAAUGUGUGGGUGGGAUAGUAAAUCUUUUUCAACAAUUAGUGUCCUUUAUUGUCAGUACAGAAAGAUAAAAGCCUGUACUUUUGGCAGAGAGGACCGCUAAUAGUUCUGCACUUUGUUGAGUAUUGCUUGAGUGCUGUGUUUGCAGCCUUGCUUAGUCGAGUGGGCAGCUGCUGAAUGAAUGAACGUCAAACGUGUGGGGGUAAAAAAAAACUGUAAAUGGUUAUUUCCUGCUUCUCUGGUUGUCAUGGUGACUUCAUGACUCAUCUACGGUACAGUGCACCUGUAGCUGUGUUGUAUUUAUGUGGAUGAACUAUUGUUGAGACUGUAAAUUUACUGUUUUUGCUAUGCACUGCUCGUCAUUCUCAUUUUGAAUCGUAUGCUUGUGUGUCCUAUUUUCUUUUUUGAGCGUGUCAUCAGGAGGUUACUAUUUCAUCUCUUCUUUAUGCACAGCUUUAGUCAGGCUCACGAGGCGACUGCCAUCUCGUAAAAAUGCAAUCCUAGCUGCUACUAGUGUAGUAACCGUGUUUCUUGUCCCAAUCAAUUGCAUGUUGGUGCAGUUAAUGUAUUAAGAUGUGCAGCUGGUAGCAUUUACCCUCCCUGGAUAUUUAGGUUUAAAAUGAAAUACAUUUCUGUAAGUCUAGUUAGGUUUAUUCAUUGGUUGCCUACAAGUUCCCUUUUAUAACUGUUUUAUAUGUUUUCAUGGGAAGUUGCUCAUGUUUUGUGAUUGUUUUACCUUCAUGUUUGGUUCAGUGCUUUCAAAUGAAGAAUAUGUUUUUGAUCUAUAAAAAUAUCAUGCUUGAAAGUAAAAACUGCCUGACUUAUCUGUGCCUCCUGAUGAAAAAAAUCUGAUUCCUAUAGAAAUUUCCUGUAUGUACAGUAUCUGGUUUUUGUUAUUGAAUUACAGUGAUAUUAACUAAUGUCUUUUUUUUUCUUCACA